GAAAUCUUCACAAAUUCUGAUGAUAGUCACCCUAUUGUGAUUUUGACUGAUGUAGAAUCUAACAUCCUACGUAGUAUUUUGGAUUUUGUUUACCAUGGUGAACUGAAUGUACAGGCAUCACAGUUGACUGAAGUCCUACAAGUUGCCACAACUUUACAAAUUCGUGGACUGACAGAGGUUAGUGAUCAACUGCCUCUCCUAGUUCCACCCGAUAGUACAAGAUUGGUAACUGAUGAGUCGUGUGAACCUUGUGAGGAACUGGUGAUACCACAGCAAGAUAUUACUUCUAAUGAGGACGAAGUUGCUCCACACAGUUCUGAGGCUAACGCUCUGACAGCAAAUAUCAUAGAAAAUGAGAAUGCUGAAUCUCACGAGGAGCAGAGCAACAGUGAUUGCAAUAUUACACCAAAAAAUCAUACUGAGGAUCAAGGGCUGGCUGACUCAAUGCCCGAUUCCCAUGAUGAAAACUUUACUGGGAAUGAGAAUUAUGAAAGUGAGGCUACCAUCCCUGAAGCUAUUAUCCCAGAACAGGACCGUAGAAAAAGAAAACGUCGGGAAAGCUGCAGAAAGGAAUAUAGUGAAGAACAGCUUGCUGCUGCUUUAAAGGAUUUAAGAUGUGGGCAACUUUUAGGAGAUACUGCCUUAGCUCAUAAUAUACCAAGAUCAACCUUAUAUGUUAGAGCUAAAUCUGAAGGUAUUCCCAUAACUGUAACAAGGCAAGAACAUUCAGGUGAAAAUGUGAAUGCAGCUGUCCAAGCAGUUAAUGGAGGAGCAAGCCUUCAGCAAGCAGCAGAUAUGUAUCAAAUUCCUAAAACAGUCUUAUGGCGAAGAGUGAAAGCUGCUGGCGCAUUUUCUAACCGUGCCCAAUCCAGACGUCAAAGUUACGGUCCUGCACACUGGCAAGCAGCUGUUCAGGCAUUACAGGAUGGUCAAAACCUUUCUAGAGUUUCAGCCCAAUUCCAGAUCCCCAAGACAACUCUAUUCCGUGAGAAAGUACGAUUAAUAGAAGCAGGAAAAUUGCCAUAUCCGCCUCCUCCCUCUAAGAAAAGAGCCCCACAAACUCAACUUAUGAAGCAAACUCAGCUCAAGGCUGCAGUGGCUGCAUGCAAAGAAGGAAGAAUGUCUCAGGCAGAGGCAUCAAUUACUUAUCAGGUUCCUAAAACAACUAUUUGGAGGAGAUUGCACAAAGGAAACAUACAAAAUCCAGAUGAAAACAAAGAUAUUGUAAGAUCAGUGGAAAUUACCGAUGCAACAGCUGAAGAACAACCUGGAGCUGUUGCUGGAACACUUCAAGAGCAUGCACAGUUUACUUUUAUUGAGGUUGUAGAAGAAGACUUCUCCACUGCCUCUCUAAUCAUGUGAACAUCUGCUGUUCCUUUCCAUUAUCUGUGAUAAAGUUUAAGAUUCUGUGAUAAUUGCGGUGUUUGUUCAGUCUAUCUUUAAUCUCAUUUGAAUAUCAUUCUUAUCUAGACAAUGGGCUUUUCAAUUUGCUUAAAUUGUUUAAUGCAAUCCCCGCUGAUCUUCACAAAAAUCUAAUUUUCCUGAUAGUAAAUGAAUUGUGUAUUUAUCUACGCAUGUCUUGUAUUUAAC